CCCGCAGGACCCCGAGGCUCACACGGACUGCCCGGCGCGGCGCCCGCAGGACCCCAGCAGCUGCCCAUGCCGAGGUGAGUCUGCGGUUGCAGCCGCUGCCGUCCGGUCCUCGUCGCGUCCCCGCCGCUGCUCUGCGCGGCCUCUGCCGCCAUCCAGGAUGUUGGAAGAAGCGGGAGAGGUGUUGGAGAACAUGCUAAAGGCAUCGUGCCUGCCGCUCGGAUUCAUCGUCUUCUUGCCUGCUGUGUUGCUGCUCGUGGCGCCUCCGCUGCCCGCCGCCGACGCCGCGCACGAGUUCACGGUGUACCGCAUGCAGCAGUACGACCUGCAGGGCCAGCCCUACGGCACGCGGAAUGCAGUGCUCAACACGGAGGCGCGCACGGUGGACGCAGAUGUGCUGAGCCGUCGCUGCGUGCUCAUGCGGCUAGUAGACUUUUCCUACGCACAGUACCAGAAGGCGCUGCGGCAGUCGGCAGGCGCCGUGGUCAUCAUCCUGCCGAGGGCCAUGGCCGCGGUGCCCCAGGACGUCGUCCGGCAAUUUAUGGAGAUCGAGCCCGAGAUGCUGGCCAUGGAGACCAUUGUCCCUGUGUACUUCGCCGUGGAGGACGAGGCCUUGCUGUCCAUCUACGAGCAAACCCAGGCUGCCUCCACCUCCCAGGGCUCAGCCUCUGCAGCUGAAGUGCUGCUGCACACGGCCACUGCCAAUGGCUUCCAAAUGGUCACCAGCGGGGUCCAGAGCAAGGCUGUCAGUGACUGGCUGAUCACCAGUGUGGAGGGGCGGCUGACGGGGCUGGGCGGAGAGGAUCUCCCCACCAUCGUCAUUGUGGCCCACUAUGAUGCCUUCGGAGUGGCCCCGUGGCUGUCACUGGGCGCAGAUUCCAAUGGGAGUGGUGUCUCCGUGCUGCUGGAGCUGGCGCGCCUCUUCUCCCGGCUCUACACCUACAAGCGCACCCAUGCUGCGUACAACCUCCUGUUCUUUGCUUCGGGUGGGGGCAAGUUCAACUACCAGGGCACCAAGCGCUGGCUGGAGGACAACUUGGACCACACAGACUCGAGCCUGCUACAAGACAACGUGGCCUUUGUCCUGUGCCUGGACACCGUGGGCCGGGGCAGCAGCCUGCACCUUCACGUAUCCAAGCCGCCGAGGGAGGGGACGCUGCAGUAUGCUUUCCUGCGGGAACUUGAGACGGUGGCUACCCACCAGUUCCCGGAGGUGCGCUUCUCCAUGGUGCACAAGAAGAUCAACCUGGCAGAUGACGUGCUGGCUUGGGAGCACGAGCGCUUCGCUAUCCGCAGGCUGCCGGCCUUCACCCUGUCCCACCUGGAGAGCCACCGGGAUGAGCAGCGCAGCAGCAUCAUGGAUGUGCGUUCCCGCGUGGACUCGAAGACACUGACACGCAACACAAGGAUCAUCGCUGAGGCCCUGACACGGGUCAUCUACAAUCUGACGGAGAAGGGGACACCGCCGGACAUGCCAGUGUUCACGGAGCAGAUGCAGGUCCAGCAGGAGCAGCUGGACUCGGUGAUGGACUGGCUAACCAACCAGCCACGGGCUGCCCAGCUGCUGGACAAGGACGGCACGUUUCUCAGCACGCUGGAGCACUUCCUGAGCCGCUAUCUCAAGGAUGUGCGGCAGCACCACGUCAGGGCCGACAAGCGGGACCCUGAGUUUGUCUUCUAUGACCAGCUGAAGCAAGUGAUGAACGCCUACAGGGUCAAGCCGGCUAUCUUCGACCUGCUGCUGGCCGUGUGCAUCGGUGCCUACCUGGGCAUGGCCUACACGGCAGUGCAGCACUUCGGCCUGCUCUACAAGACAGUGCAGAGGCUGCUGGUUAAGGCCAAGACACAGUGACGGCCCCACCUCCACUGCCCCAGGUACCUGCGGGUCACGGAGCCUCAUCCCCUGCGGCGACUGCAGUGCUGACCAUAGAGGUUUCUGUGUUGCUGCCUUGGACUUGGGGGUGUUUGGUUUGCUUUGGGUUUUCUUCCUUUUCCUGAACUUCCUUGGAGGAGAGCCAGGCAGAGGCCUGUGGCCACCUCUAACUUGGGGACAAAUCGGAGGAGCCCUGGCCCAGGAACCCUCAGAGAUAGGUGCGUGUGUGCCUGCGGAGAUGGCACCUGCGUGCACUGGCCCCACAGUGGGCCCCUUCCUGGUCCCUGUGCUGCGCCUGUGUAUUUAACUGGUCACCGUCCUCGUCCUCCAGCCUGAGGGCAGCACAGCCUCCGGGCACCUGGAUUCUCUCCUCUGGGCCUGGGCUGUCUCCGCAGCUGCCUGCAGGCUUGCAGGGAGGGCAGUGCCACCCUGUUGCUCUCACUGAGCCGCCACUCCCAAGGGCCGGGCCGCUGCCAGUGCCCUGCGUCUCCCUAGCCCUGCUCAUGUUGCCACUCCCUGGCCCCCAGGCUGUGCCUCACCGUCCCCCUGGCUGUCCCCUCUGCGUUUUGCAGCCCUCAGCCACCUGCCAGAGCUGGUCCCCAGCUGCCACCCCGCAGUCCCCACUUGGCCACCCUUGGCCUCCACUCCCUGAGGCUCCAGCCUUGGUUUCCACCUUUGUGAAGGAGGAUGUGUUCUGGGAGGAGCCGGCCCCUCUCGUCCCUUCGCUGGAAGAGUCCAGAUCAGGGAACAAGAGUGAUGGAGAAGGCACGGCCUGGACCCACGGGCGGGUGGGAGGCCAGAGGGUGGUGUAGAUCUCAGGGAGACCAAGUGUAUUGGUUUCUUAGCAAUAUAAUCAACGGAGCGCUCCCCGCGCCUGCCCCCACAGCUCAGUUCAGCCCUCCCUGGCUUGGUGUGUGGCUCUGGAUGCUGACUCUAGGCUGCUGCUCUUGGGACCCUGUGUCCUAGGACGGACAGUGACUUCUGUCUAGCUGGCUUCUCUGAGGCCCAGCAUGGGCCCCACUCCCUGGAGCCUGACCCUGCACCUAGCCUGCCUGCCUCAAGGAAAGGGGCCCCACCUGGAGGGACUGGGAGUGCCUCGGAGCCACCCAGCCCUUGGGGGGCAUCUGCACUGUCCAGGUUGUGGUUUCUGUUCGAACCCCUCACCCCUCCCUGGCAGGGCUGCUGGGUCCCAGGCUGGCUGGGUUUGCCCUUGCCAGUCAGAAAAUAAAGCCAUACUGAAC